CCUAAAAAAUUUAAGCAAAACAAAAAAUUUGAGUUUGAGAUUCACGUCACAGCACAACAGAUGAAGGAUCUGAGCCGCAAUUACUGGAACUGAACAGAGUAGUAUUUUUUCAGUGCAUUCUAGUUGUUAGGCAAAAAGUUGUUGAAUGGAGGUAAUUUUAAGGGAGAAGGACGCAGGUGAGUGGGUUUACCGAGGCGAAGGAGCUGCCAAUCUUGUUCUCGCAUACACCGGAUCAUCUCCUACGUUUAUUGGGAAAGUGAUGCGCAUUCGUAAGUGUCCAAGGAAUGGCGCAGAGGGUAUGUGUAUGAGGAGCCCCUCUGCUUUGACUGCGCACGAGCGCCUCCUCUGGAAAGACGUUGAUGAACUCAUUUCAUCUUCGGACAAUGAAAUUGCAUGCCAACUAUUUUCCCACCACGUUAUGAAGCCAUUGCUUGGUCCCAAAUAUAUUGAUGCUGGGAUGCUUGUUGGGGUGUCAAGGGAAUUUCUCGAAUUGGUUGAAAAGAAUGUAAUUCGUCAACGUCCUGCUUGGAGAGUUGAUAAUGCUCAGGUCGACAUGCAUCGUGAUUCUGUGCUUCUCAUGUCUGAUCACUCACUCUUCACUCAUGGUAAUCUAGUAUCUAUCCCCUGCAUAUCUGUUGAGAUAAAGCCCAAAUGUGGAUUUAUUCCUCUUUCAAGAUUCAUAUCUGAAGGAACUGCUAUCAAAAGGAGGAUAACUCGCUUUCAAAUGCACCAAGCUCUGAAAUUGCAUCAAGGAGAGAUAUCACUGCUAAGUGAAUACAAUCCUCUUGAUCUGUUCUCUGGAUCAAAGGAAAGAAUUUAUAAAGCUAUCAAGGAUCUCUUCACUACACCUCAAAACAAUUUUCGUGUAUUUAUGAAUGGCUCUCUCAUAUUUGGUGGUCUGGGAGGUGGUGCAGAAGAUACAAACUUUGGUAUUGCUAAAGCAUUUGAAGAUGCACUUAAGUCUGUCAUUCAAGCUGAUAAUGGUCUGUGUACAGAGAACUUGCUUACUAUUGUUGCUGAGGCUGUGCAAAAAUCGGGAGUCCUUGAUCGACUCCUGGAUGUUCAGAAGCUUGAUAAUGUUGACAUAGAAGGAGCCAUCCAUGCUUAUUAUGACAUUACUCAUCAACAGUGCAUGAUAUGUAGAGAAUUGAGUGAAGAGCAACUGAAAAGAUAUACCUCUUUGCAUUCUGCUACAUUGGAUGAAAGCUUGAGAAUUGUAAAGGACUACUUAAUAGCAGCAACUGCAAAAGACUGCAGUUUUAUGAUAUGUUUUAGACCAAGGAAAGCGGGGGAUUCUGGAUCUGGAUCUAUAUACAGUAACAUAUAUCUUGAGUCAACUAAGCAAACCUUUGACUUCAAGGUGUAUUUCAUUGACUUGGAUUUGAAGCGAAUGAGUAAAAUGGAAGAAUAUUAUGAAUUAGAUAAGAAGAUAGUGAGCUGCUACAAAGAAAUGAUCAAAAUGGACCAGGGAAGAAACCCACAAACUUGCAAUCCUCUUAAACUGCAUACUGAGAUUUAGCAGGCUCUUACAGAUGACACUUGAGGAAGAUUGCAUUGUGUAAUGCUGUAAACAGUACUCGGAAUUUGGCAAAACAAAGCCUAUUUAGAGACCGUGACUUCAGCUCAGAUCUGGUUUUUCCUUUGGUCAGCCUAGUUUUGCCGUGGCUUGACUGAUGAUCUGUGUACCAUACAUUGAGCUCAUGAGAUAUUUCAAGAAGACUAGCGUCAGUAAAACUGUUCCGUUCAAGGUGCACGCAAAAGCAACUUGUAAAGGCAUUAAUUCCAUUGUCCUCAAACGGGUUCAAGAUCAUGGUAACAGUGACUGGCGAAGCCAAUGCAGUGAGGAUCAUCAAGGAAAAAGAAUCAGCAGAAAUUGAGUAGAGGCGCUGCCAGGGAAAAGAUGAUGGAUGAGAGAAAAGGUGCUUUCAUGUCAGAGAUGUGAUGUAUGGUAUAUAUGAUUGCUGAAGAUGGUUACAGUUACUGUUCUAUUAUGUAAUUAACUCACUCUAAUCGGCGUGCUUGUUGUACCAUUAUCAAUCAUUUUGCCAAGCAAAAUAAUGUCUAUAUUAACUGGUAGCAUUUUUUUUA